AGCAGUUGUUUACAUCGGAAAUAGCGCAGGCUGUUCGGAAAAUUAAUUAAUUUUGUGGCUUUGAAGCUACGACUGGGUCCAACAUCUGGUCUUUAUCAAGUAUCUAACUUAUCUGUACGAUGUCCUGAUGGUUCGGGAUGUUAGUUGGUUACAGCAGCAGCUCGGAGGAGGACGGUGAACCCGGAAGUGAAGCGAGGAGUCGAAAUAGCCGAAGAUCAGUGGAGGAAGAUGAGGGAAGCCGAGACCUUCCAGCCAAGAAGAAAGCCAGGACUGAGGAGCUGGAUCCUAAAACGAGACUGCCUCUGCCCGGUUGCCUCCUGAGCAUGUUCCCUGAUGACGACGAUGAAACACUGACUGAAGACAGCUCCCUUCAUGGUGGACGCAUCCGCUCCUUCAAGCACGAGAGAGGAAAUUGGGCCACUUAUGUUUAUCUGCCUUACCAUCCUGAGGAGGAAUUUGAGGAGCUUUUAGAGGAGUUGCUGUCAACUUUGGGGGCUCAUGGUCCGAUACUGACGCAGCAGGAGGAGUUCCACCUGAGUCUGUCUCAGACGGUGGUGCUCAGGCACCACUGGAUCCAGCCAUUUACACAAAGCCUCCAGUCGGGCCUCUCUCAGUGCAGAAGGUUUGUUUAUCACUCCUUGAUUUGCAGACAAACAAAUUGGAUUCAAAUUUUAGAUUUUUAGCUAAACGCUUCAGAA